CCCCAAGAGAGAGAAACAGUAAACGCUUUGGGGUUUCUAGAGAGAGAAAGACAGAGCAAGCGAGAAAAGGAAAAAAGAGGCUGCGGUUCCACCCAUCAGAGAACAAAAGCCGAGUGAGCUGAGUCGCAGAUCGUCGUCCAUGGGUCAGAUCGUGAGGAGGAAGAAGAAGGGACGCCCUUCCAAGGCCUAUCUCGCCCACCGUUCCGGCGAAUCUCCGGCUCCCGCUCAGCCCGACCUCCGCCGCAGCCUUCGCCGACGAAAUGUGAGGUACAACAUCGAGUAUGACGACUACCUUGACGAGGACGACGAGGACGAGGACGAGGACGAGAGGAGGAGGGAGAAGAAGCUGAAGCUAGUUGUGAAGCUUAACCAGGAUAGGGAUAGGGACGAAGAAGAGUCGGCGCCCAGCCGCACGCGCGGUGGGGCGCGUGGGAGUCACUCGCGGGACUCUUCGGAGGAGGACGAGGGUGAAAGGAAGCCCUUGAAGAAGAGGAGGAUUAACGGCGGCAGGGUUGGGAAUGAAGACGGCGAGGAGGAGGACGAGGAGGAGGAAGGAGGGGAUGAUAAUGAUGAAGAAAACGAAAACGAGGAAGACGAGAAUCUCCGUGACCAUAAUGAUGAUGAUGAUGAUGGCGUGGUAAAAGGCAGAAAAGUGGAUUCGAAAGGGCUCCACUCUGUUUCAGGGACUCCGAGAAAAUCUUCAUCUGGAAUUCCGUUACCUGAUAAGAGGACAUUAGAGUUGAUCCUCGACAAACUUCAGAAGAAGGACACAUACGGUGUGUAUGCGGAACCUGUUGAUCCGGAAGAGCUUCCUGAUUAUCACGAUGUGAUUGAGAAUCCAAUGGACUUUGCCACAGUACGAAAGAAGCUUGCUAAUGGAUCAUAUCCCACGUUAGAACAAUUUGAGAGUGAUGUAUUUUUAAUAUGCACAAAUGCAAUGCAAUACAAUUCGGCGGAAACUAUAUACCACAAACAGGCACGAUCAAUACAAGAAUUAGCUCGGAAGAAGUUUGAGAAGUUAAGGGUUGACUUUGAACACUCACAAGGUGAGCUGAAAUCAGACCAAAAAGCGAGAUCAAAUUCCUUGGGCAAGAAGCAGACAAAGAAGCCAGUUGGUCAUUCCUCACAGGAACCUGUUGGCUCUGAUUUCUCUGCCGGCGCGACUCUCGCUAACAUUGGAGAUGUGCUGCCAACUUCACACCCUAUCCCAGGUGGCAUGUUUGAGAGGCCUUCCAACAAUGAUGCCCUUGCCGAUGGUAAUGGUUUCUUAAUUGAUGCAAAUCAAGAAAAAGCAGAUGAUGUUUUAUCAGGGAAGAACCUUCUCUCUAAGUUGGGAAGAAAGCCAUUUGGUCUUGAUGAUAAUCGUCGUGGAACUUAUAAUGCCUUUAUGCAACCUGUCACCAAAUCAGAUUCUGUUCUUAUGACAUUUGAAAGUGAAAUUAAGCAGCUGGUUACCGUUGGUCUUCAUGCUGAAUAUUCCUAUUCUAGGAGUUUAGCUCGUUUUGCUGCUACUUUAGGGCCUGUUGCUUGGAAAAUGGCUUCCCGGAGAAUUCAGCGGGCACUUCCAAGUGACUGUAAAUUUGGUCGCGGUUGGGUUGGAGAGUAUGAACCACUUCCAACACCAGUAAUAAUGCUUGAUAAUCGAAUCCAUAAAGAACCUAGUUUUGUUACAAAGUUUCAGUCUACUACUGAAUCUGGAAAGGGUGACAAAAAUGGCAGGAUUUCAGAAUCCUCAGUGGAUGAUAAGGUUCAUGGACUCAUGUUAGAGGGGAAACAGCCUUCUGUUGAUCCUACUAGUAGACCUGCCUCAGAGGGAAAACCAUCUCUGUUUAGUUCUGCUGGAAUAAGACCCAAUGCUCCAGUAAAUGUCCUUUAUCAGCAACAGAAUGUUCAACCCGGGAGUUCUGGCAAGCCUGAGAAUAAGGGUUUGAAACAGGUGGAGUUGAACUCCUUGCCCUCUAGUAAUCAGAAUAAUGCCAAUCUCAGUGCGAAGUUUUUAAACAAUGCGUCACCAGGAGUGUCUAAGCCCAGAGAGAUGGUACCUAGGAACAUGACUAUAGUGCCACCUGUACCUUUCAAGGAGCUAGAUAAUAACGGAGUUGCAAGUGGAGAUUUACCUAAUGGAAAAGUCACAAGUUCUAGUAUGAAUAGACGGGCAAUGGGACCUCCCUCUGAAAGCACGUCAAAUCAAACUGGCAGAGUUGCUCCUUUUGUGCCCCAUGGGCAAGAUCAGAAUCUUACUGACCCAGUUCAGCUGAUGAGGAUGUUAGCUGAAAAGGCUCAGAAGCAACAAGCUUCUUCUAAUCCUUCUCCCGUUGAUACUCCUCCUAUGACACCAUCAGUUUCAUCAGGACGGAGGGAUGACUUGAGCAAUGCUGCUGCAGCAGCUGCUCGUGCAUGGAUGUCUGUGGGAGCAGGUGGAUUUAAGCAAGGAACUGAUAAUUCAAGUUCACCCAAAAACCAGAUUUCCGCAGAUUCUUUAUACAACCCAUCGCGAGAGUUCCACCAACAUAUUCCACGAACAAGGGGAGAGUUCCCUUCUGGUGGAAUGCCUUUCCAGCCUGAGAAGAACAACUUUCCAUUUCAGGCACUAGCAUCUCAACCAAUUCACCCAGGCAGUGUUUCACAGUUUCCUAAUCGGCCUAUGGUUUUCCCUCAACUAGCAGCUACUGAUUUAUCCAGAUUUCAAAUACAAUCUGCUUGGCAAGGUCUCAGUCCGCAUGGCCAACCAAGGCAAAAAUCAGAAACACUCCCUCCUGACUUGAAUAUUGGCUUCCAAUCUCCAGGGUCACCUGCAAAACAAUCUUCUGGUGUGAUGGUUGAUUCGCAGCAACCAGACCUGGCUCUACAACUAUGAUAUGGCGGCCACAAUUAUCGGGGCUUGUUUUGACCGGAAUUUUGAUCUCGAAUGAGUCGCUGCAUAAAUGUGAAAAGGCUACCAUAUGUUAUCUAUGGAAGAGAUCAAAUGAAUACCAUUAUAAGCUUGGGAAGCUUGUUAUCCAAGUCCUGAAUGCUUGAGUUGAAGAUCUCAUGAAUUUGUGUAAAGGGAUCUGGCAAAAUGGUCAAAUUGAGAUGGUUCAUGUUCAGAUGACUUAGGUGAAUUCCACGGAAAAUAACUUCCCCACUACUUGCUUCCAUCUUUUCACUGAUGAGGUUGGAUGACUUAAUGCAGCAGGUCCGAGUUUUAUCUUAAGAGUUUUAAACCCGUAGGAGAAAAAUCAAUUGGUCAAUUGAUUAUAUGGCCAUUGGCUUUGAUUAGAUUUUGUUAAUUCGAAUCAGCAGGUAAAGAAUCUUUGAUGCCUUGUACAUUGUUUACGAAUUGAUGAAAUUGUCAUCUAGAUAUUUAAUUCACUUUAUGACUA